GCCGCGCUCUCACAUGCAUCGGUGUAUAUUCUGCUCACAUGUUGUUGUGAUGGGUGCAUUUUGAGUGUCGGGCUCUCCCACUGUUAGACUGUUGUCACUCUUGUCAUUAGACUCUUCAGACAAAACAUACGAAGAUGAAAGUGGUCGCGUUGAUCAGCGGGGGCAAGGACAGCUGCUACAACAUGAUGCAGUGUGUCGCUGCCGGGCACCGGAUCGCAGCUCUGGCCAACCUGCGUCCUGCUCACACAGAUUUAUUCUGCCAGUCUGUGGGACUGCACCAGUGACGACAGAGUUACGAGCCACCACUGCUAAAAUGAUGAACAUUGAAAUAGCUGAAUAAAUGAGUUGGACAGUUACAUGUACCAGACAGUGGGCCACCAGGCCAUAGAGCUGUAUGGUGAAGCCAUGGAUCUGCCCUUAUACAGACGAACCAUCCAGGGCUCCAGCCUGGACACCAGCAGGAACUACAGUGAGACGGAGGGGGAUGAGGUGGAGGACUUGUAUGAGCUGCUGCGCCUUGUCAAGGAGAAGGAGGCUGUGGAAGCAGUGUCAGUAGGGGCCAUUCUCUCCGAUUACCAGCGGGUCCGUGUGGAAAAUGUAUGUUUGCGGCUAGGUUUGCAGCCCCUGGCCUACCUGUGGCGCCGAGACCAAGAGUCCCUGCUCUCCGAGAUGAUAUCGUCUGACCUCCGCGCUAUCCUCAUCAAAGUCGCCGCCUUUGGCCUGGAUCCAGAGAAACACUUGGGAAAACCUCUGGCUGACAUGGAGCCCUAUCUGAAACAGCUCUCUCAGAAGUACGGAGUCCAUAUUUGUGGAGAGGGAGGUGAAUAUGAAACUUUCACCCUGGACUGUCCGCUCUUCAAAAAGAAGAUUGUUAUUGAUGCAGCAGAGACAGUGAUCCACUCGGCAGAUGCCUUUGCUCCAGUUGGCUACUUGCGCUUCACCAAGAUGCACGCGGAGAACAAAGACAGCGAUGCGGUGGCGGGAGCUUUGCCCCAUGGUAGUUGUCCUUGCCAGAACGCCAUUGACAAGAUGACUGAGGAGGUGGAAUAUGCUGAUCAAGCUGAAGACAACCAACAAGAAUUUACAUCAAGUUGUGACCUUAGUUGUCAGCAGGGCCACGACGUGCCUCCGUCCUGCUCAGCCAGAAGCUCUAGAGGCUAUCAGUGGAUCAGUGGCAUCAACGGCCUUCAGAGCCAAGUCCCUGGGAUCCAGGCCCAGACAUCGGCAGCUUUCGCACAGCUGCAAAGUGAGUUGGACCGCAGAGGUUGGACGUUGAAGGACGUUAUCCUGAUUCACUUGUACGUGAGCAGCAUGGACGACUAUGGUCAACUCAACGCAAUCUAUAAGCAACACUUUUGCAUGAACCCUCCGGCCAGAGUGUGUGUCCAGGCCACUCUGCCUGCCGGACAGCUGCUGCAGAUAGACUGUCUGCUCCACGACUGGACUGAGCCGCCGCAGGAGGGCUGCUUCCACCAGAGAGAGGCCAUGCAUGUCCAGAGCCUGUCCCACUGGGCCCCGGCCAACAUCGGGCCCUACAGCCAGUCUGUCAGGGUAGAUGAGUCAGUUUUCUGUGCGGGCCAAAUUGCUUUGGUCCCAUGUACCAUGCAGCUGAUGAAGGCCGGCGCCCGGAUGCAGGCCCACUUGUCGUUCAGCCACAUGAAGAAGGUUCUGGAGGCUGUGAUCAGCGGCUUGACUUUGGCUCAUGUUGUCCAGGCUCACUGCUACACCACAAGACAUCAAGACAUCCCCGUCAUCAGAGCCGUCUGGGAGAGCAUGCUGACGGCCGCGGAGCAGGAGAAGGAUUUGUUGUGGGAGCCUGAGAUCGGACCUGCUCCACUGUUGGUCGCCGUGGUGCCUGCCCUACCCAAGGGGGCAGCUGUUGAGCUUCACGUAACUGCGGUUCAGGACGAUUACACCAAGAGGACUUCCUGUCACAUGACCGCGGGGGCGGCGCGCGGGUCCAUAGAGUGCUACACUCUAAUGUCCGCUGACAGGUGCAGCGCGUCCCUCUCCCUGUCCCUGGCCGCGCCCGGUGGUGACGACCCGGAGGCGAAGGACGCGACAGAGAAGGUCGCUGCUACCUUCAAGAGAGCCAUGGAGGAGAUGGACGCUGAGCUGGUGCCACUGUGUGCCCGGGUGUUUUACAAGUGUGGCCACUCGCUGGCAAAGCAGAUCGUCGGAGGACUUGAAGGAAGAUUGAGAAGCUCCCUGGACGAGUCCAGUCCGUGCGUGGCCCUCGUCCCCGUCCUGGACUUGCCUGACUCCCAGAUCCUCCACCUGUCCUGCUGGCUCAGUUUAUAGAAACACAGCCAGUGUCAACAACCAGACUCCGGUCAUCCACAGCACUGGAAUUCAGUGGCGCUUCUUUCCGGUGGAGCGGCUCUGGCGGCCCAACACCUGAUGACUUACAACGGGACACCAGCGGCUGUGGAAAGGAAAUAACUGCUCGUUAAUGCCGAAUGUUUGUCCCCGCUGAUUGUUGAAAUGCAAAGCUUGUGCCUGUCUCCAAGUGGUUUUGUUGGUGCGCGGAUUUGAGUAAGUGUUAAUUCCACCUCGCACCCCAGAACUUUGGCCGAUAAUCCACUGUGUCCUCCGCUGGAAUUGCCGACGGCAGCAGCUGUUGUUCUGCCUCGGAGUUGAGACUCAUGGACCCUCCAUAACCUAAGCCUGCAUACCAGAGGACAAGAGGCCAUAGUCCACAAAAGGAGACAGUAGCAGUGUCUCGUUCCAUGAGGCGAUAAACUGUAUCCCCCCCCAAAUCCUACUGUUUCUGGUGGAAUUUCUCUUUGCACGCUCACUAACACCCCCCAUAAAGGCCCAGCGCCACCAUUGACACCAUCUGUUCAGUUGUAAACCUAUAGAUUUACUGUGUGUCUGGCUGGUAGCUCUGUGUAAUAAUGUGUGUGGAUGAAUGGCCCGUGUUUCUCCCUCUCAUGGUCCAUGGGAUUCAAGGUGUGUUAUUAUUGUGUAAUGGGCAAUCAGCGCCAAGCACCUGAAAAGAUUAAGCCUCUUUAUGUUUUGUAUUGAUUCUAAGGCAGCCUGGUUAAUGGGAGAGAGAGACGCUACCACACAGCUGCAGGGCAGGUGUGUGUUCUGCGCGCGUGUGUGUGUGUGUGUUUGUUGGGAAGGGGGUGUCAGUGUGACUAUGUGGGAAGAAAAUAACACUAUUAACCAUUGCUCCUGGAACAUUUCUUUUUCUCAAAGAUCAUGAACCAUAUUGAUGAGUUGGAAUGCAUCUUCACUCGGGCUAUUCUCCUCUUCGUGCUCGUGAUGGCGGGAGGGUGGAGUGGGCUAUUGAUCUUCACCCGCCGCAGUAUUGUUCUGAUUGUUGUUAUCAAAAAUUGAACAAUAGAGGCGGCCAAUGCAGCCCGAAGAAUUUUAUUGAGGGUUGAAAAAAAACAACACAAACAAGCAAUUAUUUAUGAGAGUGAGCGAGCAAGUCAAUGCCCCAUAAAUAUACAGUGUGUUAAUGUUCAUGCGUUAGUUUUUGUUUUUUUUAAGUUCCCCAGCGGGGGGAGAUUCAGAUUUUGUUUCUUUAACAAUGCAGCUGUCAAAUCAGAAAUAAGAUAUGAGCAUUUCUUUUUUAAUUUAGGACUUGUACUAUGCAUUUGUAUACCCCAAUAAAUAAAAUUUACAAAUGUUUGUUUAUAUUGCAACAGUUUAAAUAAAUGUAUCUGUUCAACAGUCACAAAUUUGGCAGUGACACACGCAGACACGUUUUGUCAAUUUCCUUGGUUUAUGAAAUAUCAGAAAGUGUGUGAAUAAAUCCCAUGGCAAGUUUUGCCAAACACUGCGCCGUUAUAAAGAUGUUGAGGGGUCUUCACUGAUGAACAAAGAAGAUUGAAGACUGAAAAGUGACCCAUCAGCCUGUGGGAAUAUGUUUUGAUUGUUUCGUAAGCAUUAAAUGUCAUUGAUAAAAUUCA